GAGAGUGUGUUAACCAAUGACCUGAAGGAUCAGGGAGGGCAGGUUUAGGCCCUCCGUUGCUAAGCGCUAUUCUAGUGGGAGGUGAUUUAAGAAAUGGGGUGAAGGGUAGUCCCAAUGGCCCUUCACGUCAACAUCCUUCGGGCCCGCGGAAGUUAAGCAACCAAGAGGCGGGCCUAGGACCGGAAGCAGGAAGGAGGGCGCAGGAAGCAGGGCGCUGCAGCCUGUCGUACUGUCGGUGCGUGAGUCUGUCGGUUCCGAGGGCAGGAUGGAGAAACUGCGGCUUCUGAGCCUCCGCUACCAGGAGUACGUGACUCGCCACCCGGCCGCCACGGCCCAGCUGGAGACGGCAGUGCGGGGCCUCAGUUACCUGCUGGCAGGUCGCUUCGCGGAUUCGCAUGAGCUGUCAGAGCUGGUGUAUUCCGCCUCCAACCUGCUUGUGCUGCUCAAUGACGGGAUCCUGCGGAAGGAGCUUCGGAAAAAGUUGCCUGUGUCGCUGACCCAGCAGAAGCUGCUGACGUGGCUGAGUGUGCUCGAGUGCGUGGAGGUGUUCAUGGAGAUGGGGGCCGCCAAGGUGUGGGGUGAAGUGGGCCGUUGGCUCGUCAUUGCCCUCAUCCAGCUGGCCAAGGCUGUCCUGCGGAUGUUCCUGCUGAUCUGGUUCAAGGCUGGCCUCCAGACCUCACCCCCCAUCAUUCCGCUGGACAGGGAGACCCAGGCACAUUCCCCGGAUUGUGACCAGAGCCCCGGCAGCCAGGAGCAGUCAUACGUUGGGAAGCGGUCAAACCGAGUGGUACGAACCCUCCAGAACACUCCGUCCCUGCACUCAAGGCACUGGGGAGCCCCCCAGCAGCGGGAGGGACGACAGCAGCGGCAGCACGAGGAGCUGAGUGUCCCCCCCACCCCGCUGGGGCUGCAAGAGACCAUCGCAGAGUCCUUGUAUAUCGCCCGGCCCCUGCUGCACCUGCUCAGCCUGGGCCUGUGGGGUCAGCGGUCGUGGACGCCCUGGCUCCUGUCUGGUGUCGUGGAUGUGACCAGCCUGAGCCUCCUGAGUGACAGGAAGGGCCUGACCCGGAGGGAGCGGCUGGAGCUGCGGCGCCGGACCAUCUUGCUGCUCUACUACCUGCUGCGCUCCCCAUUCUAUGACCGCUUCUCCGAGGCAAGGAUCCACUUCCUUCUCCAGCUACUGACAGACCAUGUCCCGGGCGUUGGCCUGGUCGCGAGGCCGCUCAUGGAUUACUUGCCCACCUGGCAGAAAAUUUAUUUCUACAGUUGGGGCUGACACAUCCCGGGAGCGGGUGCAGGGAGGGGCGGGGUGGUGCGCCCUGCUGCUGGGGGCAGGGGGUGCCUCGGCCCUUCAGUCCCCCGGGGCCCCUCUGCUAUAAUAAAACUGACUUCGGCGGUGUCCGAG